UUUUACAUAUGACUUGCAUAUUACGUAUGAUUUAUUGCAAGCGAAGUUUGGUUUGAGCCAUAGUAACCCCCGCAGAGACGCUUCCAGUAGAAAAGCAAGGAAGGAUCAGAUCAUCUACAUAGCUGUGUUCCGUUAAGCACCAAAAGUUCCAGCAAAUUCGCCACUUCCGGUUCCCCGAGACGUCCAAUAACGCAAAGAGAGCGGCCCCGGAAAUGACGCAUGGGGGCAGUCUUUUCCGGUUCUGACUUGGGGAUCAAGUGUGGCGACAUGAAACUGCUCACCCACAAUCUCCUGAGCUCCCAUGUGCGGGGGGUGGGGCCCCGUGGCUUCCCCCUGCGCCUCCAGGCUACCGAGGUCCGCAUCAAUCCUGUGGAGUUCAACCCAGACUUCGUGGCUCGGAUGAUUCCUAAAGUGGAGUGGGCGGCGCUUUUGGAGGCGGCGGAU